UAUUUUUGGACUUGUAAUGAGCUGCUAGCUUUUUUAUUGUUAUUUCUAAGUCUUUUAAUUAUUAGAUUAAUUAUUGGGCCUUGGGCAUAAUUUAGGAUUAUUUGUAGGAGUUAUAAAAAGACUCUCACCUUGUUGGCAAUUUUGAUGAAAACUUCAUAUUAGACACAAUUAAAAGAGUGUCUAUCUUGGUUCUUAUGUGAAAUAUUAAGUUCUUAUAAAAAAAUUAUUAUUUAUGACGAAUCAUCUUCAGCUUAUCAAUCACUCAAGAUUGUGGUGUUGUUCUUUCCAUCUCUUUCUUUAAGUCUGCUUUAUCCUUUUAUUUUCCCCAAUUUCGUAGAGCUCCAAAUUGGUUAUCCAGUUUGUUGAUGCUAAAAAUUGGAUUCGUCAAUCAGGGUUCCAUCAAAAUUACAAUUCCCUUUUUUGUAUUUCACCUUUGAGAGAUCCUUAGAUCCACCAACAUUAGUCAUCAUUUUCCUUGACAUUUCUUACACCUACAACCACCUAGAUUCAAGGAAGAAAAAGAGAAAGAGAAAAGGGGAAGAAAAUAAAAUCAAUCAUGGAUGGUGAAGUUGAGAGGUUCAUCAAGGUAUGGCUCACAACCAUCUCAUGUCUAUGCUAUUGUUAUUACAUAGCUUCUAGAAUACCAAAAGGCUUCAUGAGGCUUCUCUUCCUCCUCCCUAUUCUCAACCUCUUCCCCACCCUUCCCUUCAACCUCUCUUCCUUCCACCUAGGUGGCCCCACCACCUUCUUCCUUGUUUGGCUUGGCACUUUCAAACUCAUUCUUUUCUCCUUCAACCAAGGCCCUCUUGCACUAUCACCCCCAAACAUUCUCCAUUUCAUUUCCAUAGCUUCCCUCCCCAUCAACCCCAAACAACACUCACCAACCAAAAACAACCACACAAACAACACCCAAAAGCCAAAAUGGCUUUUGCUCCUAAAAGUGCUUAUUUUUGCAAUGAUCAUACGUGCUUAUGACUAUAGAGAAAAGUUGCACGCUCAUUUCAUCUUAGUCCUCUAUUGCUGUCACAUGUACCUUGGCAUAAAAUUUGUGUUAGCCCUUAGUCCUAUCUUGAUUCGAACCCUUUUAGGGUUUGAGAUUGAACCACAAUUCAAUGAACCAUACCUUUCCACAUCCCUUCAAGACUUUUGGGGUCGUAGGUGGAAUCUCAUGGUUACCCGUAUUCUACACCCCACCAUAUACUACCCCAUAUACCCUAUUUUCAUAUGCUUUGUGGGUCCCUCUUGUGCCAUGACAAGUGCCAUGUUGGCCACGUUUCUUGUGUCAUGGCUCAUGCAUGAGUUAAUAUACUAUUACCUCACACGUGUGACUCCCACGUGGGAAGUCAUGUGCUUUUUUGUGCUUCACGGUGUGCGCACCACGGCGGAGAUGGCAACGAAGAAGGUGAUGCUCCGCCGUGGGUGGCGGUUGCAUCACCUUCUUCAUGUUUUUUUAAAUCUAAAUGCAUGGAAAAUAAUAUUUAGAUUAGCACAAAUAAUCAACAUAAUAGGAGGAUCGUGUUUUUUUUUCAUGUGUGAAAUUGUCUUGGAGUAACGACAAUUAUCCACACUGAGUAAGAUUAGUGUCAACCAAAUGGGUUGGAAAAAACACUUGACCUAAAACAAAAACAAAAAAAAAACCAUGGAAAACACGAGGAGCCAUGAAAUGGUGAUCUAUAACAAAUAUCUGAUGAAAAAAAAUCUAUAAACAACAAGAAAAUAAAAGAUAAAUUACAUAAAAAAGCCAAAUCAGAUCUAGAUAAAAAAAAACUCAAAUUAUAAAACAACUAAGAAGAAUCGAUAGUAAGUGUCAAAAUUUUAUAUAUUAUAGUAAAUGGUAUUCACGGUGAGAGAUGGUGAGUUGUAUGGGCUGUUUUGGUUUGGAAUAUAUGGAAACAGAGGAACUCUAACAGGAAGAGGUAGAUAAUGACUCACCUAGAGGAUUAUGUUUUUUAGUGUAUUCUGUUAGGUUCUUAGUGCUGAGGGGCAGCUCUGUUAGAAUCAUAGUGCUGGGGUAGUUUUUGUUAUGGCAUGAUAGCAUAAGUGCUUUUCGUUAUCGCUUUUGUAUUUUGGGACGUGGUGUUUGUCUGGUAGCUUGUUGCAAUCAUGUUAUAAAUAUCAUCGUCUCCAUGCAAGAAAGGAAUAAAAAAAGAAAUUUCUUCUCCCUUUCUCUCUUCUAAGGAGGCAUUCCUGGACCUCGAAUCCCAGGAGGUUCACUGUGUGAACCUAACAAACUCGAUCGUCUUUAGGGGAGCAACAUUUAUUUGACACUCAAGUUGUGUUAAAGGACACCAUCUUUUACUCCGGAUCAUGGUUAAAAGGUAUUUAAAGAGUUUUUCCCUACUCUUUUCAGCAAUGGCAGGGUCGACCCAAGGCUAAGGCCAUCCAAACUCUUGUUUUAGGCCACUAAAAAAUAAUUUUUUUACUAUUAAUAUAUGUAUAUUAAACAUAUGCACUAUCAAGGACCACGAACUGUUAUACGUGAAGUUCUGUCGUGACAUGCGUGUGGAAGGUAUCAAAUAUUUUAAAAUAAAAUAUGAAUAAUUUUAUUAAAUAUUUUAAUAAUUUAGAAAAAACUCCAUUUUUUUUUGUCAACAAAAAAAUCCCAUUUCGAAGUUUGGUUUAGGCUUACUAAUAUGUUGGGCCCGGCCCUGAGGAUAAGCAACCUGAUGAUCCUCUAUGUGCAGCUUUACUAUGUGAGGCUGUUGCCUUCAUCAAAACUCAAAUCCUUCUCCUUCAAAGUGCCUAUAAGAUUCAGGAUGUUAAAUCCCUUGUUCGUGCUGAAAGAUAUGGUUUCCAAAGCCAUUUUCCUUUAGAGCAAAGACCAACCAGUUCUAGAGGAAAUCAAGAUAUCACAUGGCAGAAACUUAGAAGGGAUCCUCUCUUUAUCGAGGAAGAUGAGGUUGUGGGGCUUGAUGGCCCUAGAGGUAUAUUGGAAAAUUGGUUGACAAAGGGAAGAAAAAAACGCACUGUCAUCUCUGUGGUGGGAAUUGCAGGGGUGGGAAAAACCACUCUUGCCAAGCAAGUUUAUGACCAGGUGCGUAACAAUUUCGAGUGCCAUGCGUUGAUCACAGUUUCUCAAUCCUUCUCUGCUGAAGGAUUGCUGAGGCAUAUGUUGAAUGAGCUUUGCAAAGAAAAAGAGGAGGACCCUCCCAAGGAUGUUUCUACCAUCGAGUCGUUGACAGAAGAAGUCAGAAACCGCUUGCGCAACAAGAGAGAUCCUUAGAUCUACCAACAUUAGUCAUCAUUUUCUGAUGAGAAUACUGAAACUGGCCAAAUACAGGCUAAAGGCCCAAGUGGAGAAGGACGAAGGCCCAAGUGGAGAAGGACAAAGCCUCCGAGCGGAGAAGGA